ACACAGACUCUCUCUCUCUCUCUCUCUUUUUUAACCCAAUUCAAUAUUCAUUGUCCCUUUCUGAACAUCUUGAAAUUAUCAUCAUCAUCAUCUCUCUUUCUCUCUCUCUCGCCUUUCACUCUCUCCGCCCCCCUCUCUGUCCAUCCUUCCAAGUAGCAACCGACUUAUAUUCAAAUCCUCCAUAAUAGUGCACAGGAAAAAACUCAAUAAAGCUCCAACAAAAACCUCUGUAAAUAGGCCCCAUCUCUGCACUCUCAUCUCUUCGCAACUCAUAAAUCCAAAAUCCCUUUUUGUUUUUUUCCCUCUUUCCCCCUUUUUAAGCUUUCCCCCCCUAUGCUUUAUUCCCAACCCUCUCUCUCUUUCUCUCUCUCUCCUCUGUCGACAAAUUUCCCAGAAGAAUUCCAAAGCCCACUAGUUUCACAUUCUCUAUAAAUUGAGCAACACCCAUCAUCUCUCUCAAGUCUCAGUACCAAAAGAAAAAGAAAUGAAAGAGUAUUGGACCUCUUUGGCCUCCCUUCUGGGAGUUUUGGCCUUCUGCCAAACGCUCCUGCAAGUGGUAUUCCCGCCGGAGCUCCGGUUCGCCACUUUCAAGCUCUUAAACCGGAUCUCCAACUGGUUCUCCUCCUACUGCUACUUCGACAUCACGGAGAUCGACGGCGUCAACACCAACGAGCUCUACAACGCCGUCCAGCUCUAUCUGAGCUCCUCCCUCUCCAUCACAGGCAGCCGUCUCAGCCUCACCCGCGCGCUCAACUCCAGCGCCAUCACCUUUGGCCUCUCCAACAAUGACUGCAUCGUCGACUCCUACAACGGCGUCACCGUCAUCUGGGAACACAUCGUCACCCAGAGGCAAUCCCAGACUUUCUCGUGGCGCCCUCUACCGGAAGAAAAACGAGGCUUCACUCUCCGAAUCAAGAAGCGCGACAAAAAGCUGAUUCUCGAUUCGUAUUUGGAUUACAUAAUGGAAAAGGCCAACGAAAUGCGGAGAAAGAACCAAGACCGCCUUCUCUACACGAACUCAAGAGGCGGAUCCUUGGACUCCAGAGGACAUCCAUGGGAGUCCGUACCGUUUAAGCAUCCGAGCACAUUUGAGACGUUAGCCAUGGACCCCGUCAAGAAGGACGAGAUCCUGAAGGAUCUCGUGGAUUUCGCCAACGGUCAAGGAUUCUACCAGAAAACCGGCCGGGCCUGGAAGAGAGGGUACCUGCUAUAUGGGCCUCCGGGGACCGGAAAAUCAAGCAUGAUCGCUGCCAUGGCAAACUAUCUCGGUUACGAUAUAUACGACCUGGAGCUGACGGAGGUGCACACAAAUUCGGAGCUGAGGAAGCUGCUGAUGAAGACGAGCUCCAAGUCUAUAAUUGUCAUUGAAGACAUUGAUUGUUCUCUGAAUUUGACCAACAGGAAGAACAGUAGUAAUACUUACUACGACGUGGGUGAAAUGCGAGGUGGGUGUGUCUCCGGCGAGGACGGCGCCGGCGGGAACAAUACGAUAACGCUUUCCGGGUUGUUAAAUUUUACAGACGGGUUAUGGUCGUGCUGCGGGAGCGAGAGGAUUUUCGUGUUCACCACGAACCACAUUGAGAAGCUGGAUCCGGCAUUGCUGAGGAGCGGGAGGAUGGAUAUGCAUAUAUACAUGAGCUACUGUUCGUUCCCGGCGUUGAAGAUUCUGCUGAAGAAUUACCUGGGGAUCGAUGAGGAUGAUUUGGAUGGCGCGGUGUUGAAGGAGUUGGAGGACGUCGUUGACAAGGCGGAGAUGACGCCAGCGGAUGUCAGCGAGGUGCUGAUAAAAAACCGGAGGGAUAAAGAGAAGGCGGCGAGGGAGUUGUUGGAUGCGUUGAAGGUGAGGGCGGAGAGGCGUGCGAAGAAUGCGGAUGAAGUGGAAGAGGAGGAGCAGGAGAAGCGGGCAUUGGAGAGCCCCAAGCAAGGCUGUGAGUUUCCGGAGGAGGAGAGUUGUAAGGAAGGAAAAGGAAACGACGAGAAAGAUGAUAGUACGAUAGAGAAAUGAGAAGGUUUUAGGGUUUUUUUUUUUCCUUUUUUUUUUUUUUUUUUUAUUAUUGCCCUUUGUGUUAUUUAUGGUGCAGAAAGUUUAGAGCUUGAAAUGAUUUUGGUGAGCUUCUGAGUGAAGAGGAGAACUAUAGUCUAUAGGGAAAAACUUGGCAUCCAAUUUAAACAUGUUUUUAUAUAAAUAUAUAUAAUAUAUUUGUGUUGUUUU